AUGGCACUGAGUGACCUCCUUUACCCAGAUAACCCCAAGAGAAGGCAAGAAUUGAUCCAUCUGCACCAGGAAUUGCUCGACUGCAUGUCCACAAAUUUCCGUGCAACAAAUGAGCUGGCUGGGGUGCUGAAUGAACACCUGGGCUGUACCAUUACCCACAUUCAGAUGAGAGAGAGCAGCACUGUCAAGGAAAACUGUGACAUUAUCAUUCAAGCGAUGAGUGAGAUUCAGCAUCAGGUACAGAAGAUUGAUAGUGACUUGAAGGAAAAGCUAGAGCCUGUGCUGUACCAGAAACUGUAUGACAUCAAAGAGCCUGAGUUGGAGAAAAUUGCAAUAGCCCAUAAAGUUUUUUCCAUUGUUCUUGGAGAAGUGACUUCAACAGCUGGGAUGGUAGCUAUCAAACUUCUUGGCUCCAAUCUUAUAACUCUCACUGUGAGCAAGCUCGUCAGUCUCCUUGCGCAGAUUGGGGCAUCUGUUCUUGGGGGAAUCAGCAUCACCAUUCUUGGGCUCGGCAUUGAAAUGAUCCUCCACGCCAUCCUGGGAGCCAUGGAGAGGAAUCAGCUUCUGGCAGCUGUGAGAAGCUACGAGAAGCACCUGGCUGAGUUUAAAGCAGCCUCAGAAAAGUACCAGCGUGCCAUACGUGAAGUGACUUCUUCGGUGAGACAGCAGGUUCAGUGA